AUGCCAACCAUCCGCAUACUUCUUACAUUAGCUUUACAACGCAAUUGGUCGAUGCUUCAGCUAGAUGUCUCUAAUACUUUUCUCCAUGAAGAUCUCCCGGACACUGUCUUCAUGCGACAACCUAUCAGGGAACGAUUAACCAACCAUUCAAUCUCUUCUCAAUCAGUUGAAAUCUCAUUUCUUGAUCAAACAACUCGGAAAUAUCUCCUUAUUCCUUGGAAUACAGACUGCAAGCUGGCCUCAACUCCUAUCACUCCUAAAUCCAGCCAUUGUAACAGAUCAACUCAACCAUUCUCCGAUCCAAAACUCUACCGUAAACUUACCGGCUCACUUCAAUAUCUCUCCAUCACUCGUCCAGACAUCGAUUUUGCUACCAACUCCAUAUGCCAACAUAUGCAUAAUCCUACAACUCGAGGCUUUCAAGCCCUCAAAAGACUUAUACGCUAUAUCAAAGGCAUAAUACACUUCAGCCUCCCUCUAUUCUCCGGUGAUCUUCAACUCAAAACUUAUGCUGAUGCGGACUGGGCUUCGGACUCCAAUGAUCAUAAGUUCAUCUCAGGCUAUUGCACCUUCCUAGGACCCAAUCUCGUAUCCUGGACUAUUAAGAAGCAAGUUACGGUAGAAAAAUCUUCAGCAGAAGCUGAAUACAGAUCAUUGUCCUCAGCCACUUCAGACGUCAUCUGGCUCCACUGUCUUGCCUCCGAGCUCCAGAUUCCUCAGCAUUCUCCAACAGUUAUUCAUUGA